AAAUCUAGAAUAAUCUAGAUCUAGAUUCUAGAUCGUUAGUUACUAACUGAGUAGAUGAUAGAUCUAGAUUUAGGUUUAAUUAGAAUUCGAAUAGACAGGCACUUUUUGUAAAUUGGUUCAGAGACUUCUGGAGAAACUGUGACAAUUAGCCUACCUGAAGCCCCCAGACAAAAUUAGUUUUUGUCUGUUACUAAGAGAACCAUCGAGAUUGAUUUCCAUCUGAGGAUUCAACAAAGGCGACUAAAAUUCAUAUUUAUCAUGACGUUGUUAUUAUGGAGUUAUUAUUUCAUGAACAAUACGGUCCAAGGAAGAUUUAGGGUUGAAAUCAUUGAAGCUAGUCUCAGUCUAGAAGUCACCUCAUUUCAAUGCUACUGUAAUGUGGAUUUUUGGCUAUGGGUCACUUAUAUGGAAGGUGGAUUUUCCAUAUGAAAAAAAAUUAACUGGAUAUGUUCGUGGUUAUUGUAGACGUUUCUGGCAAGGCAGUGAAGACCAUCGUGGCAUACCAGGAAAGCCUGGAAGAGUUGCAACUCUAGUUCCAUCAGAAAAUCUAUCAGAAACUGUUUGGGGUGUUGCUUAUAAAAUUCCAACAGAUCAAAUAUAUGAGGUUAAGCAACAUCUUGACCAUAGAGAGAAAGGAGGCUACAUACAGACAGAAGUCACAUUUUAUCCACGAGAAGAACAUGAACCACCUUUUCAACUGACUUUAUAUAUUGGCACAGAAGACAAUCCUUACUACCUUGGUCCAGCUCCUCUAAAUGAAAUGGCCAAACAAAUCUUUGAAUCAGUUGGCCCAAGUGGACAUAACAAGGACUACAUUCUAAAUUUAGCUACUGCCCUCAGGCACAUAGCACCAGAAGCUGAAGAUGAACAUUUGUUUGCUUUGGAGCAGGAACUCUUACGUCUUGAAUUAGAUGAAAACACAGACCAUUCUUACUCUUGAUUUUUGUUCAUCUAGACUUCCAUAAGUUCUAGAAUCAAACAUUAAAUAUGUGAACGCUACACAAUUUUAAACAUCAUUUUCUUUUUGUAAAUAAAAAAGAACACUAUUGAACUAGACAUGUACUAUGGCUGUUGUUACAAACCAGAACUUUUUCAAUUGAGGUGAACUAAGAACCUUUUUAGUCAACUGUUUAUUCAAAGUGUUUUCAUUUAUAGAAUUUGUCUAAAUCCUUUGAAUAUUAUGAUUUACCACAGUUCUCUUGUGAUAUUAUCAAUUUUGACCCGGUGCUGCAUAUGGAAACUAAUGCUCUGUGAUGUAUACAAGUAAACAAUGAAGUAGCUCAGA